AUGGACGUGGACGUGGACGUGGACGUGGACGUGGACGUGGACGUGGACGUGGACGUGGACGUGGACGUGGACGUGGACGUGGACGUGGACGUGGACGUGGACGUGGACAUGGACGUGGACGUGGACGUGGACGUGGACGUGGACGUGGACGUGGACGUGGACGUGGACAUGGACGUGGACAUGGACGUGGACGUGGACGUGGACGUGGACGUGGACGUGGACGUGGACGUGGACGUGGACGUGGACGUGGACGUGGACGUGGACGACGUGGACGUGGACGUGGACGUGGACGUGGACGUGGACGUGGACGUGGACGUGGACGUGGACUGGACGUGGACGUGGACGUGGACGUGGACGUGGACGUGGACGUGGACGGGACGUGGACGUGGACAUGGACGUGGACGUGGACGUGGACGUGGACGUGGACGUGGACGUGGACGUGGACGUGGACGUGGACGUGACGUGGAUGUGGUGACGUGGACUGGACGUGGACGUGGACGUGGACAUGGACGUGACGUACGUGGACGUGGACUGGAUUGGACGUGGACGGACGUGGACGUGGACGUGGACGUGGACGUGGACGUGGACGUGGACGUGGACGUGGACGUGGACGUGGACGUGGACGUGGACGUGGACGUGGACGUGGACGUGGACGUGGACGUGGACGUGGACGUGGACGUGGACGUGGACGUGGACGUGGACGUGGACGUGGACAUGGACGUGGACGUGGACGUGGACAUGGACGUGGACGUGGACGUGGACAUGGACGUGGACGUGGACGUGGACGUGGACAUGGACGUGGACGUGGACGUGGACGUGGACGUGGACGUGGACGUGGACGUGGACGUGGACGUGGACGUGGACGUGGACGUGGACGUGGACGUGGACGUGGACGUGGACGUGGACGUGGACGUGGACGUGGACGUGGACGUGGACGUGGACGUGGACGUGGACGUGGACGUGGACGUGGACGUGGACGUGGACGUGGACGUGGACGUGGACGUGGACGUGGACACGUGGACGUGGACGUGGACGUGGACGUGGACGUGGACGUGGACGUGGACGUGGACGUGGACGUGGACAUGGACGUGGACGUGGACGUGGACGUGGACGUGGACGUGGACGUGGACGUGGACGUGGACGUGGACGUGGACGUGGACAUGGACGUGGACGUGGACGUGGACAUGGACGUGGACGUGGACGUGGACGUGGACGUGGACGUGA